UGCUGGUUGAUGAACUGAGAAAAUAUGAGGUUAACCCCACACGCUCCCAGUGUCUCACAGUCUGUCAAAAUAUUGUGAGGCAAUACACCCAGAGUUUUGCUGACGUUUUUACAGAUGGCUCAAUCAUGGCUGGUGGUUGUAACUCACUACUAAUUCAGGUUAAAACUCGCAUUGAAAACCUAAACCGUGACAGCAGCUUUGCACACCACAGAGCGUCAAGAUGCUCUGGAUCCAGAUCUGUACGCAAAAGAGGGCCUACUGACACAUAUGGAUGUACCAGAUUUCAGCCAGAACUCCCACCAGAAGAGAGUUAUGAAACAGUGGAACACAAACGCCAAAGAUUGGACGAAAUCUAUCGCCAGGAAGGUGCAGGGGGGGUUGAAAAAGCAGAGGUUCAAACUCUCAUGGAGAAGACAUUCUGUCUACAGCGUCGCCAUAUAAACACUAUACCCACUCCUGCCAUUGAGGACAUCAGAAGCAAAUGGCCUUACCUCUUCAGUCAGAAGUGCAUCUAUGCUCAUUUUGAACUUCUCACAGACCUUAAUGUAUUACGUCUCCUGGAGCUUGCCAUGGAAGAAUGUGGACAGUCAAUAAUAGAAUACUUCCGCAGCAAGUCUACAAACAAAAAUGUCCAGAGUGCCCUUUACCAUGGUGAGAACUCUGAGGUGGCCCUCCAUGUUGUCCAGCUGCUGAUGGCCCACUUUGCAGAGACUCCAGAUGGACUUAUCCUUCUUGCAGACUUGUCUUCCACUGUGGCUGAUGUCGAAAGAACCCUUACCCUACCCCUGACUCCUCGUCUAAUACUGCUCGGUGGAACAGAGCAGGCGGCAGUUGGACGAUGGAUGAUCAGCCUGGAGGGACAUGUCAUUUGUGAGGGCAUCCAACAAGCAUUUGUGACAGGGCUUGCUGCUCUGUUUUCAGUGUACUAUAUCUUCAACCUACACUACCAAGAGGAAGCUGCCUGUACACUUGAAUUCAUUCAAAGACUACUAUGUUUUUCAGGCGAUUUGUUGGAAUCAAUCCAGAAAGAGGAACAAAGGCAGGUCGAGGCAAGAUCAUCUCCAAGAGGACAGGGAGAGUCGUUCUAAAGAAGUCAGUCACAGUUAAUACUCAUGUCUCCACUCUCCUGAAGAAUCUCAUUGACUUCGAGUGGAAUUUCAUUGGCCAGUGAAAGCUCACUACCCAGGUACAGCCACAGUUAUUUCCCAAUGUCUUUUUCUGUUCAUGUAAUGUUGUUCUUUUUCUCUUGGCCAGCAAAUAUGGUAUAAUGUACACAAAAAGGGAACAUGUUCAUUUGUCCCAGGGAAGAAAUGGUAUUGCUGGAUUUGAUCAGUUUAGCCUUUUAAGGUCACCGUGUAACAGUCAGUAGAAUCUGAGCACACCUUGGAUCAGUACUAUUCUUAGAGGGCACAGGGUCUGCUCUUAAUUUAAUUUCGUAUUUAUUGUUUUAUAUUUAUUUUAAGACUCCUUUAAGUUCUAAUUAAUACAGCUUACAUUGAAAUGCUGAAUGUGUACAGUGUAUUCUACUCAGGGAGAUUUUUGAAUUUUGUAUUAAUAGGUUACUCCAUACACUGUAUGACACCUCUUGGUUUCCCACUGUUCAAAUUUUGAUAAUGUUUGAAGAGAAUAUGUGUCUUUCCAUUGUGGUGUUAGAUGAUUGUUGUUGUAAGCACUUUGUCUGAGGGGGCGCUCUUUAUUUGCCAGAAUGAACA